AUGUCCAUCGAAGCACUCACCAAUCUCAUGGCCAACAUCACCAUCUCGCCACCAAAAGUGACGUCAGCAGAUUUGAAAAAAUUAGGGACCAAGAAGAUUCGAGAGCACUGCCAAAAGUAUUUCGAGGAGCAGAAGAUGAGUACAGUAACCCGGAAGAGGACAGUCACCAAGGAGUUUGAUGUGCAGAUUACGGUAGUCAAGGAAGAGGACAAGAAAACCCAAUUGAAAACGGUCCAAAAAGAAACAGAAGAAGACUUCGAAACCAAACAUCAUCGUCUGAAAGAUUGGGAUGGACUUCCUGAGCAAUACCAGGCUUGGUACGUCAAAACAAAAACUUUGAUAAUCUCUGAACAUGUCGCCCAUCCAUCAUUCAUUGAGAAUCCCAGAUGGCAGGAGCAUGUCAAACUACUGUAUGAUAUGCAGCAUGAUGAUAUGGUCGCGGAAAUUUGUGGAACACCGAUAAAAUUGAAUAAAUACCAAUUCGACAAAUACCUCCAUAACAAUCGUCAGAAUUUUUUGUCGACCGAUUCUCAGAAAGACAAUUUCAAAAUUGAAGCAAUCAAAGAUAAAAGAGUGUUCAAUAUUAUGAUUGGCUUCGAGAAUCAAGCACGGGAGGGUGUCAAAUCCCUUUUUGAACUUUUCGUGCCGGAAUAUAUCACACAUUUGGAGUCAUCGUCCCGAGAAGUGAUCCCGAUGGUUUGGUUGGAAUCUUUGGAUGACGAGCCAAUGUCUCUGCAAGCUACAAACGAGCACGGCGAUGAGAAAUGGUACAUUACCAAGUUGGACGUACUAUGUCCUCCGACCAUAGACAAUUAUCGAGAUCUAUUCCUAAUGCAUGUCGGAGACGUUGUUACUUCCAAUUUCCUUCGGUACGUCCAAAUCCUCCCCACACCGGUCACAUGGUAUCAGACAUUGGACUUUUUGAAACCGUUCACACAUCAAAAUACGAUGUUGGCUGAAAUUUGCAAUCAGACAAAUAUCAAUCUCACGGAAAUCUACUCGAAAAUGAUCAGCAGAGAGUACAAAAACAUGGAAUCUCCAAAAGGCGAGGAUAUACCAAGAGAUAACACAUAUAUUUUGUACUCCCUCGACAAUGUGAGAUUCGAUCCAUCGGCUAAAGAAUUGGCGGAUUUCAAAUUGGCUACUGUAUUGACUGGAAGAGCCAAUGCACCAAGGGAAUGGAUUUAUGUUUGGGAUUUUAAAAUUCGAUGGAAAACCGCAAAUUUUGUUUCCAGGACGACAUGGACCAAUUCUACUAGAUCGAUAAUGCUCAGCUACCCAAGCUCUUUGUGCAUUUUUGAGCAUCUGGAUGUGAAUAGAAGACUCCAACUCGCCGCUAAAUGUCCAUCUCUCCGAACCGCCCAUAGAAUCGCCCCAAUGAAAAUCGAAGACCUGGAAAUCCAGGAAUCCUCAAUCACCAUCAACAACUGCGUCCAAGAAUUUGAAGCCAUCUCUCCCACAGAGAUACAGUACACCUACACCAGAAUGGGAUGCGAUUGGAAGUCUUCUGUCCAAACCCUGCAUACUCAAGCUACAGUAACUCAAAUUAUCAAAUCCCUAGUUGCCAAUUUCUUCGGAAAGAACGCCAAAAUCCACGUGAAGAAUCUGAAAACUACCAGUGGACUUCUAGAAGCAUUUGGACCGAUUUUGAAGCUCUCAACGCCACUGGAAAAGCUGCGUACUAGUGUGAAGGGUCCAUGGGACUCAAUCUUCUCAAACCCGAUUCUUAGAUCUGCUCGCUGGUUGGUCCUGGACGAUCUCACGGAGACGAUUGACUGGGCGGACACCCUAAAACCCCUCGAGAACCCAAGAAUUCAAAUGGAAGGCUCCCAAAUUGAUCAAGACGUUUUGCAUCGAAUGGUUUGGGAUUGGUUGGAAAAGCCACGGCCGAUCGGGUAUCGAUUUACGACUCCGAUCAGUGUCCGAGUCAUCAUGCGGUCGUUCUACGUGGAAUUUGGGGCGUUCUGGAAGGAUAUUCCAACUGAAUACAACGGCAAUACCUACUGCCUUGUGAUCCACACCACUGACACCUACGAACUUGUUGUCUACAGCCAAAGAAAUCCCAAUUUGGUUUUCGACCCUCGUCUUAGCGAUGAUGAAUCGAAGCUAGCGCUGUUCACUCUGGAAGUGGUCCCUCUUGGAAAGACCUUGCCGUGUUCGACACGAUUUGCUUAA